AUGGGUACGCCGCUGUAUAAGUAUCCGGAAUGCCGUUUGACAGAGAAGGGAAGAGAAUACAUCGGGAAGGUAAGUGAGACGGAAUCAGGAAAGAAUUGUCUGAGAUGGGACACUCAACCUAACGGAACGCCCAGUGACUUCCUCGCAAACGUCACGUAUCCUGGGCACUUUUCCAACUUGGAUACCUGGUCUCACCAGAACUACUGCCGCAACCCAUCUGGAAGGGAGAGGCCAUGGUGUUUCGUCAUGGACGAAAAUACUCAAUGGGAAUAUUGUGAUAUCCCCAUGUGCACGGAUAAGGAUCCUCCAGAGUGCAAGAUAACUCAACAGGGCGGUGAAUACAUUGGAAGAACGAACGUGAGCCAUUCAGGUUUUGCGUGCCAAGUAUGGAUGGAACCUUGGAGAAGCAAAAUCCCUGGAAAGGGGGAAUUAUUCUUACCAGCAUUUCCGGAUUACAAAGGAACUGGGGAGCCGCACAACUUCUGUCGCAACCCUGAUGGAGAUGCUGCUCCUUGGUGUUUCAUUGAAGGUAAAAAUCUUGGCAAGGAAUACUGUGACAUCCCCUUCUGCAAGGUCCGAGAAGUUCAAGGUGGGCCCAAGGGGAACGUGUAUCCCGAAUGCAGAUUGACAGAGAAAGGAAAGGAAUAUGUGGGGACAAAAAAUGUUACCGAGACGGGAAAACCUUGUGUUGAUUGGAAAUCUAAACCGUUUGGGAUGCCGUGGGAUUUCUUCAACCAGAAAAGAGGAUAUUCGGAGCACUUCAUCCAUGCAGACCUUGCAAUGCACAAGAAUUACUGCCGGAACCCUGCUCUGUACAGGGAAAAGCCUUGGUGCUUCGUCUCUGAACCAGACAUCCAGUGGGAAUACUGCGACAUUCCCUUAUGUCAUAACCUCGAACCGCCCGAAUGCAAAUUGAUAACAAGUGGCGGUGAGUAUGUCGGAAGGCGGAAUACCACCAUAUCGGGAUUUCGAUGCCAACAUUGGCUUGCUCAAUAUCCUGCACGUCAUAAUCAGAUUUUCCAAUCGCUAUCCGCAUUUCCUGACGAAGUUGACGGGACAAACAACUUUUGCCGCAACCCUGAUAACACUGGUCAUGGUCCAUGGUGUUAUUUGAAGGAAUCUGGGAAUAGCUGGGAGUAUUGUGAUGUUCCCUUUUGUCCUCCGACAGGAGGAGAACGAUGCGAUAUUCGUGUUUCAGGAAAUUGCAUGAGUCCAGUGGAGUGCAAAAUAAACAAAAUUGGAGUCAAGUACAUGGGAACGAAGAAUAUCACGAAAUCAGGUAAACCUUGCCAGCUGUGGAUGAGCAUUUCACCAAAUGUCAUAUCGGGGAAAUUUGAGUACACAAUACGUAACGCAUUCCCGGACGACCUACAUCCUUCUCACAACUUUUGUCGAAAUCCCAAUGCCGUAUCGGAGGGGCCUUGGUGUCAUAAUGGAGCUGGAACUGAUCCAAGUUGGGAAUAUUGUGACAUCCAAAUUUGCUGA